AUGGCCAGAGGCAUUCCCUGUUCCGAACAUGACAGCACCGAUCGUGCUUUGCUAAACGGCUGGAUCGCACGCUUUGGAGUGCCUUCGGAUAUUACGUCGGACCUCGGCCGACAAUUUGAGAGCGCCCUGUUUCAGCAGCUACUCCAAUGGCUCGGCGUGUCGCACUUGAGGACAACACCGUACCACCCACAAGGUAACGGACUUGUAGAACGGUGGCAUCGAACACAUAAAUCUGCCAUACUCUGUCACAAGGUAGACCAAUGGACAACAUAUCUGCCGCUUAUCCUACUAGGUCUUCGCUCUGCCUUCAAAGUCGACAUUGGCUGUACGCCCGCAGAGCUGGUGUAUGGUACACCGCUACGACUUCCUUCGGACUUCUUCAUCGAGCAGCGUGGACCAGCCAACGAAUCAGAUACCGUGCGAGAGUUACGGCGCAUUAUGCAGGAUAUUCGCCCUGUAGACACAGCCUGGCACACUACAAAGACACCAUUUGUUCACAGUGGCCUCAAGACAUGCGAGCACGUCUUCAUUCGAGAUGAUUCUGUUAAACCAUCGUUGUCACCACCGUACCGAGGUCCAUACAAGGUCGUCCAGCGCACACCGAAAUAUUUCAUAGAUGAGGUUAACGCAGGAAAAACCAAAGUUUCUGUUGACCGCUUGAAGCCAGCUUUCAUCACACCUCCAACGACUCACUAG